AUGUGUGGCUUUGAUACAAAAAACAAACUUAUUCUUAAUAAAAAAUUUAUUUGUCAAUAUUGUUCAUUGAUAUUGAAAGAUCCAGUUCAAUUAAAUUGUGGUCAUCGACAAUGUCAAUCGUGUUUUCAACGGCAACAUGAAAGGAUAAUUAAAUGUCAAGAAUGUUCAAUAGAAUCAAUGCAAGAUCAAAUAAGGUCUGAUGAAAGUUUCAAAAACGAGAUGCAAUCAUUAACAAUUGAUUGUUUCUUUUGUGAUUGGUUUGGCAUUCUACAAAAUUAUCAAGAACAUCUUGAUCAAAAUCAUAUAAAUCCACAAUGUGAAUAUUGUCAUGCACAAUUUGAUACAGUUGUGCACCUUAAUGAACAUAAAAUUGUAGCAUGUGAAAAGAAUACUAUCGAUUGUUUGUUAAAAAAAUUUGGUUGUGAUAAACAAAUUCAUUAUCAUAAUAUGUGGGAUCAUUAUUCAAGUGAAUAUCAUCAAAAUUUAUUAAUAAAAAUUAUUCAACUAGUAAAAUCACAAAUAGAAGAUAUGAAAUUAUUAUCGACUCAAAAUCAUACUGAUCCUACUCAAACAACAAUACCUGUUAAUUUAGAUUUAAUUCUUUUUCAUGAAUUAUUGAAAACACUUAAUAUUCAACUAGAGAAUUUAAAUAUAGAAGAGUAUUAUACACAAAAUUUCAUUAAUAAUGAAUUAUUUCAAUAUCACAGAAAUUCUCCAACAUCAUCAUUAGAUUUAUUUAAAUCUAAACUAUCUGAACAAGAAAGCUUGUCAUCUUAA